AUGUCGGGUGCCGAGGAUUUGAACACCAUGGAGCCUGUGCACGAGGCGCAUGCCACCUCCCCGGCCCUCAUGACGGUGCGCUCCCUGCUGAUAUACGUAAUGCUGGCUCAUGCGUGCUUUCUGCGCGAGGACGACUUCCAGGAGGGUGAGGCGGCGCGUGAGCUGCCACUGAGCACCUCUGUCGUGCUGGCAGGCUCUGUGGACGGCGAGGGGUCGGACACCGUCGUGCCUGUGAACCCCGAGGACCACGCCUCCACUCCCAGCAUGGACGGCCUCAUCGCAGCGGAGCCUGAAGACGGCGAGAGCGGGCGCUCCAUGGUAGAGGUCUCCCCAUGCAUUAGCAGCCUGGCAACGGACGGCGCCGCCUCCGAGCAGGCCUCCGACUCGGAUUCCCACUUCACCAACGAGCUGAUUGCGGCGGGGGAGCCGGAGGAGUGCCCCGUCACCCCCAUGCUCUCCCAGGGCGCCUCCCCGGCCGCCAGUGAGGCCGGGGCUGACCCCGAGAUCCAGCCUGUCCAGCCCAUCCCCUCUGUCGAGCCCGUCCCCUCCGCCUACCCCGCCCCCCUCCUGACCCGGGUCUGCAUGGCUGCGGCCAGCGAACUGGUGACUCUCACCCGCCAGGUCAGCAGCAUGCUGGCUGCGCUGGGGUCCAUGGGCGAGGACUGCGCGCGCGGCGCCUGGGCCUCGCUGGCCGGGCUGGUGGCGGGCCUGCGCGCCGGGCUGGGCGUGGGCAUGUGGGCUUCGCUGCCGCGCGGCCUGGGCGGCGCCCCACUCCUGGCCGGCGACCUUCCGGGGCACGUCCUGGCGGAGCUGGUGUCGCGCAUCAUGGCGCUGCAGCGCACGCUCACGCGCCACCACGCCGUGCGCGCUGUGCCCAUCAUCGCGCACGCCUCCUGCUCCUGGCACGGCGUGGCGACGGCGGGGGCCUCCCUGUGA